CCUUUUACCCGCACAUUACCGACAGUCAUGCGUUUACAUUAACGGGACUCCGAGACACCGACAGCCAGCUGCUCGUCGGCCGGCGGUCACCGUUAACCGGAUCCGUUAACCGGUUAUUGGAGCAGCCAGCGGGUUAGCUACUGUUCAGAGGUUAGCAGCUACCAGCUAGCUAACAGCUAACCGAAGAUGGAGGAGUUUCUGUCGAGCUGCCAGCGAGCCGUGCAGGUGGGCCCAGGUGAGGCGGGCUCAGGGGUCCAUGUUGUCCUGGGUAAUGAGGCCUGUGAUGUGGACUCCAUGGUGUCUGCUCUGACCUACGCCUACUACCUGUCCAAGACGGCUCAGAGUCAGAUGCUCGCUCUCCCUCUGAUGAACGUUCGUCAGUCAGACUUCGUGCUGCGUUCAGAUAACGUCUUCCUCCUGCGUCAGCUCUCUCUCUCACCUGAACACCUUUUGUUCAGAGAUCAGCUCGACCUGAGAGCGCUGCAUCAAGAGGGACACCUGAGGCUCACGCUGGUCGACCACAACGUCCUUCCCAGUUCUGACAAUGACCUGGAGGGGGCGGUGGUGGAGGUGAUUGAUCAUCACCUGCUGGAGAGAGAAGCCUCCCCCACUUGUCCUGUUACCGUGGAGAUGGUGGGAUCCUGUGCUACCUUGGUAACAGAACGCAUCAUACAGAAAGCUCCAGAAAUCUUGGACCAGCAGCUCGCUCAGCUGCUCUAUGCGGCGGUGGUGCUAGACUGUGUGAACAUGGCGCCCUCUGCAGGUAAGGUCACACCUAAAGACAGUCAGGUGGCUGCGUCGUUGGAGAGCCGAUUCCCUGCUCUGCCACCGAGAGGCGCUCUGUUCAACACGCUGCAGAGCGCCAAGUUUGAUGUGUCAGGUCUGAACACGGAGCAGAUGUUGUUGAAGGACAUGAAGGCGGUCUCAGAAGGUUUAAAUCUCGCCGUCUCUGUUCUCUACAUCACUCUAGAGGACUUCCUGCAGAGGGCGGGGCUAGAGGCAGAGCUCUCAGAUUUCUGUCUGAAAUUCGGCUUUGACCUGCUGCUGCUGAUGACGAUCUCCUUUAAUGAGAGCAAAGAGCCAAUCAGGGAGCUCGCUGUGUUCAGCCACAACAACACCUGCAGGCAUCAGGUGAGCAGCUACCUGGAGCGGGCCCGUAACCCUGCCCUCAACCUCUGUCCAAUCAGCAGCCCCCAUCCUCACAUCACAGCAUAUGAGCAGGGAAACUCUCUGGCCUCUCGUAAGAAGCUCCUCCCCAUCGUCAAAGACUUCCUGAAAGGGCGGGACGGACACGGUCACCUAGGAGACAUGGAGGAUGAGGAGGAGGAGUCUCAGGUCCCUCCCACCCCGAUGAACAGUCUUGUGGAGGGCUGUCCAUUGGAUGACGGCCUGCCGCACAUCAGCGCCCACGACCUCGAGGAGAAGUUCAGCAAGAUGGGCGCCAGAGGAGCACACUAACCUCUGACCUGCCAGCUGUCAAUCAUCAGGACACUCUGAGCACGCUCUGUCUGUCUGUCAGCUGAUCUGAUGAUGAUGAUGAAGGUACCACUAACAGGAGGUGGAUAAACCUCUAAUGAUGUCACAGGUUCAGGUUAAAGUCCCUUUAUGAAUAUUUCAUCAAUUAAAAGUGAUCUAAAGAAGUGAUGACGAACAUCUGGAAACAUCUGAAGGAACUUCAGCAGGAAGUCUGCCCUUCAAAAUAAAGUCUGAGUGUAUUAAGGUCGUCAGAAUUUCAAAGUUCCACAUGAUUCUAGUCAAAUUAAUGUUGAUACCUGUUUGUUACCACGGCAACAACAAUAGAAGAUCUCAAUGUUGAAUCUUUUAUUGUUUUUAAUGAUCAGAAAUCGCAGCAAACUGCGGCACACUGUCAAAGUGGGAGGAGCUUCUCUCCAGUAACACGUUAGUGUGCCAGUCAGUGAGACAAUCCUAACAGCCUACUGCCACACGGGGGCACCACAGUCUGCAGCUAUGAUGAUUCUUUUAUGACUUUAGUUUAUAUGACAGAGUUCUCUUUAAAGCUUCUCUACACCUGAGCAGUAAGAGUUGUUUGUUCUUUAAAGAGACAAAAAAAAGGAUCAUGAUCACAAUACAGAAUCUGAAACCAGUCAAAACCGUCUCAGGUGAUUCUCCCUCCUAACUUCUUCUCAGACAAUUUUUAAAUAAAGUUUAGAGAUAAAUAAUUGAUUUGUUUGUCAGCUCUCUGACUGAUUUCUGAUUGGAUGGAACCCUUUAGUCUGUGUGAGAUGAGAAUCAGUGAAAGCUGCAUUGGGUCUGGUCCUGAUGUGGGAGUGUGUGAUGAAGACUCUGUAAACCAAACCCUGUUCAGUUUCUGCUCUGGUGUUUGUAAACAAUCAACAGAAUCCAGGUGAGCUCAGGCUCACUCUGUGGCCCCGCCCACAUCUGGAUCUGUGAACCCUGACACCUGCGAGAAUCAUGUGAUGAGCUGUGUGCACCUGUGAGCUGCAGUGAUGUCACCAUAUCACACGAUGACAUCACUGCAGCCAGGUGAGAAUGUGAGCAGGUGAAACUGAACCUUCAAAGCUUUUGACCCGCUGAAGAUUUGUCUGAAACAAUUUAAAUAAAAAAAAUUUGAAAGAAA